AUGCGUAGGCUUCCGAACAUUAUUGUUACGGGUGUGCCUGGGGUUGGCAAGACGACCUUGUGUGAGGAGCUAGUUGAGGUAAUAAAUAAAGUAAUAAAACAGAAAAAUAAGAAAUGGAAGAAAGAAGGAAUGGAAGGCACUAAAGAAAUAGGAGACGCAGAAGGAAUGGAGAGAAGGGAUUGCAUUGAUUUGGUUGAUGGAGUGGCUAGCGAGGAAGAAGGCAAAAUGGUGCACGUCAAUUUAUCGCAUAUAAUCAAAGAAGAAAGGCUGUACGAAGAGUACGAUGAUAAACUAGAUGCAAGUAUCUACAAUGAAGAGUUAGUAAAUGAUAGAUUAAAAAAAUUAGAUAUGGAAAAAAAAGGAGGUUAUAUUAUAGAUUUUCAUGGUGUUAAUUUUGUAAGGGACAAACAUUUAAUUGAUCAUAUAUUUCUGUUAACAAUAUCUACUAAUAAUUUAUAUGAACGUUUAGAAAAAAGAAAUUAUAGAAAAGAAAAAAUUACGAAUAAUAUUGAGUGUGAAAUAUUUCAAGUUAUAAAAGAAGAUAUACUUGAACAUUUUGAAGACGAAACAGUAUUCACUGAACUGGAAAACAAUGAUUUGGAUCAGUAUGAGAAAAACAUUAACACGAUAAAGACUUGGGUACUCUCAAACAUAAGAUACUGGUAA